AUGGAUCGGGCUGGCGGCCUGGGGAAGAUGCGCGAAGUCGGUAUCAGAGAGCAAUGGCUGAUCGAUGAAACUGAAGUCAAGGCGCUGCCUACAAGAAUUCUCGGCAGAGGUGGCUUUGGCGUUGUUACCUUAGGUGUCUACCACAACACGCCCGUUGCCUUGAAGGAGCCCAGGCAGGACGUCGAGACGAGCGCUGCUGACCAGGUGCUUCCGGCGCUCUGCAACGAGCUGCGGAUCCUUCGCCGUCUCCGGCACCCCAAUAUCGUGUGCUUCUAUGGCGCCACCAUGGACGACAGUUUUGUGCGACUCCGCCUCGUACUCGAAUACAUCGACGGUGUGGUCCUGCGGAAUUUCAUCCAGGCGCACAACCUCGCGGCCAGCAAUGGCGAAGGUGGGGAUCCGACGCGCCAUUUCCGCAGCAGCACUGACAUUGUCAACGAGCGGAAACGGAUCGUGUGUGACAUUCUGAGUGCGCUGCGUUACUUGCACUCGCGGACCCCAGCAGUUGUCCACGGAGACCUGAAGGACACGAACAUCUCCGUGCAGCAGCAGUGCCUCCACGGGGGCCUCGCCGUGCGCGGGAAGCUGCUGGACUUCGGCCUCGCGCGGCUGCUCACCCGUUCGGCGCAGCCGCUCGGCGGCACCACGCGGUGGAGGGCCCCCGAGCUCUUUGGGAGCGAGAGGCUUCGGCCGGACAUCGGAGGAGGAAACUCCUCCUCCUCCUCCUCCUCCUCCUCCUCCUCCUCCCCCUCCCCCUCCCCCUCCCCCUCCCCCUCCUCCCCCUCCUGUACCGAUGCUGCUGCAGUCGGACCGAGGUAUAAGAUCGAGGUCGGUUCGGGGAGGGUGCCCUGA